UUAGUUGAAGAAACUAGAAAACAGAUGAGCAAAGAAAUGCAGAGACACAGAUGACAGACUUCUCUCUCUUUCUAAAAAUACAGAGAAACCCUAUAUGCAGACAUGCAAAACGCAGGGUUUCAACUUCUUUUCUUGAUCGCAGUUUUUCUUUUUGGUUAUUCUUCUAGUCUCAAGAUUGGAGAAACAUGUUCUACUAUGAACAACAACUCAUGUGAUGCCGGAUUACACUGUGGAACUUGCCCUGCAAAUGGAAACACCCGACCCAGAUGUACUCGGAUUCAACCCGUAGUUCCCACUGCAAAGGUAAAUGGUCUGCCGUUUAAUAAGUAUUCAUGGCUGACUACCCACAACUCGUUUGCUCGGACUGCGUCAAUGUCCGGGACCGGGUCAACUCUUUUGGCUCCGACCAAUCAAGAAGAUUCCGUCACUGAUCAACUCAAUAAUGGUGUUCGAGGGCUUAUGCUUGACAUGUAUGACUUCAACGGGGACAUUUGGUUGUGUCAUUCAUUUGGUGGAAGGUGUCUCAAUAUCACAGCUUUUCAACCUGCAAUUAACGUACUGAAAGAAAUUCAAGUUUUUCUGGAACAAAAUCCCACAGAAAUUGUCACCAUUUUCAUCGAAGACUAUGUGACAUCUCCACAAGGAUUGACAAAAGUGUUCAAUGCAUCUGGACUCAGCAACUACUGGUUUCCAGUGUCUAAAAUGCCUAAAAAUGGUCGAGAUUGGCCAACAGUUGACGAUAUGGUCCGAAAUAAUCAACGCCUCGUCGUCUUCACCUCAAAAUCAUCUAAGGAGGCUUCUGAAGGGAUUGCUUAUGAAUGGCGAUACGUGGUUGAAAAUCAGUAUGGAAACGGUGGAAUGGUACCUGGUUCUUGUCCAAGUCGUUCAGAGUCAUCUCCCAUGAACACAUCAUCAAUUUCACUUGUUCUUCAGAAUUACUUUCCAGGAAAUCCCAAUAUAACAAAUGCUUGUGCAGACAAUUCUGCUCCUCUAACUAGUAUGAUGACAACUUGUUACGAAGCAGCCGGAAGGCGCUGGCCGAAUUUCAUAGCAGUCGACUUUUAUCAGAGAAGUGAUGGAGGAGGAGCCCCAGAAGCUGUUGAUGAAGCAAAUGGACAUAUGACUUGUGGUUGUGACAGCAUUUCCUAUUGCAAGGCAAAUGCUACGUUUGGUACCUGCGACACCCCUAUGCUUUCACCUCCACCACCAUCUCAAUUGCCGCCGACCAGAACAUCACAACUGCCCAGCAACAAUUCUCCAAUAAGCAAAUCUCUGCUGCCUCAUUUGUUUAUAUGGCAAUUAUUUGCCAUAUUUCUCCUGUUGUGUUCAUAACUGCUAAAUGAUAAGCUCUGUUUGGGCUCCAUUUUUGUAAUAAUACAUUUUUUUCUU